CUCUCUCUUCGAUUCCACGGCACAGCACAGCACGGUCUCUGUCCGAUCAUCAAUCAGCUCACGCUCACGCUCCCGGUCUCCGUCUCCCCUGCCCUGGGGUUCCUUCCUCCUGAAGAUCUUAUCCUCAUCCCGCUUAGAAAUCAAGCUACCGAUCCCCACCCUCCCAAAGAUUUCCCCCGAGGAAAGCGAGAUAAAAGUUCCCUGGGGAAUUUCUGCAUCAUCGCAGCGCAGCGAGGCGACCCGGGUAUAUACAAUCAUUCCCCCAGCAUCUCGCCACUGUUAUAUCUGCCCCCCGUGUCCGCAACAAGUUCCGAAGAAGAAACAGAGAGAGAGAGAGAGAGAGAGAGAGAGAGAGGGAGAGCGAGAGAGAGAGAGAGAGAGAGGAGGAGAGGUUGUUUGUUUCUCUACAUGGAUUCGAGUAGCCAUCAGAACUACACCCAGAGUCAACCGUCGAGUUACGGGCUGCUCCGUUUCCGCACGGCUCCGACCUCGCUCCUCGAGAAUUUCGCUGACGGUGGAGGGAGCAAGCCCGGCUUGUCCGAAGGAUAUGAGGCGGACAAGUUCAGCUCCAGGUUCUUGAGUUACGUCGGCGGCAACGGCCGCGAGUCGGGUUCCCCGGCUCUCCAGUUCUUCGACCAGAAGCCUCCUCCGCCCUCGACGGCGGCGGAGGCGGCGGCGGUCGGGAGCUACGCGAACUCGCCGCGCGGUGGGUACCCUCUGCCGCCUCAUUACCCGAGGCAGGGUUCCGGGAUGAGCUCUUCCGCCAUGGAUAGCUCGUAUGGCGUGCUGAGCACAAUGGCGGCGGAUCGCCACGCCCAGGUGAAGCCUGGCGAUUCUAGUAUCGCGAGGCAGGCUAGCUCUCCUCCUGGACUCUUCUCUGAUCUUUCCGCUCAAAAUGGUUUUGCUGCAAUGAGAGGUACUACAAACUAUAGAGUGGGGAAUGGAGUCGAUGGAGAAGCAAGUCCAUCAAGAAACAAGUUGAACGGUCAGAUGAGCUUCUCAUCUGGGUUAUCUUGUUCCUUGGGGAUGUUGUCACAGAUUUCAGAACUUGGAAGUGAAAGCUUUGGAGCACAGAGUCCUGAUGAUUCAAAAAUAGGGAUUGGCAGUGGCAAUAGCCGGUUUCACGGCUCUGGAUAUCUAUUCAAUUCUUGGAGUGAUUCCUCAAAUUUCUCACAGAAUUUUAUUGGCCUGAAGAGAGAUGAAGAAAAUGGUCUGAAAAAAUUUUCCAGUGAUCAGAAUGGGAAUCCAGGUAAUCAGGUUCACCUGCUGUCCCAUCAUAUGAGCUUGCCGAAGACUUCAUCAGAGAUGGCUGCUGUAGAGAAGUUCCUGCAAUUCCAAGAUUCCGUGCCAUGUAAAAUCAGAGCAAAGCGGGGUUGUGCCACUCAUCCUCGAAGUAUUGCUGAAAGGGUGCGAAGGACACGGAUAAGCGAAAGAAUGAGAAAAUUGCAGGAGCUGGUGCCGAAUAUGGACAAGCAAACAAACACAGCCGAUAUGCUAGAUCUGGCUGUUGAGUACAUUAAGGACCUGCAGAAACAGUUUAAGAUACUUAGCGAAAACCGAGCAAAUUGCAAAUGCUUAAGUAUACAGAAGCCAUCCAACCAAAUCGUUUGACGUUCUUCUGGAGUGUAAAGAUAGAGAAAAAGUAGGAAAGUAGAUUUCUUUUCAUACCGUACUGGAAACAAAAAUGCAGGAAGGAGCGCAAGAUAGUUCCUUUUCCUACUAUUGUAUUCUAAGAAUGCUUGCCAAAGUGCCUCCUUAAAUGUUUUUGAAUUUGUUAGCUAACAGAGCUUCAGAGGUCCAAGAUAAGAAGAUGGCACAGCUUGUCUUAGAUUUACUGCUAAGUAAUGGAAACUCUGGUUCGACUUAGUUGUGCCCUUGAUCAUGUUUUAUUUGAAUGGUAAGUUCCUAUAGAUUGCUCAGUGCAA